AUGGCUACAAAAAGCAACAUUGAUGCUCAUAAAUGCUGCAAGUGUAAGACUACCAAGUGCUUGAAACUAUAUUGUGUUUGCUUUGUUGCUGAAUCUUAUUGUACUGAAGCUUGCUCUUGCAAAAAAUGCUGCAAUCUACUUGAUUAUGAAGAUACAGUUGAAGUGGCAUGUGAACAAGCAAAAGUGAGAAAUCCACUUGCAUUUUCCACCAAGGUUCAUUCUCUUGAUCAAGUCUAUGAUCUUUAA